GUAUCAUCAUGUUGCUCUGGACUCUUAGAAUUGUGCUGUUCCUAAGUUUGGCUUCCAUCUGUUCCGCACGUCAAUUUUGUGGCUCUGACUUGGCUGAUGUAAUGUCCUUAGUCUGCAGUGGACGUGGCUAUAAUGUAGCUUUCAAGACCGAAUAUUCUCCAGCUGAGAAGAGAUAUAAGCGUGGUAUAGUUGAUGAAUGCUGUAGAAGGGGUUGCUCAUGGAGCACUCUUGAGACUUACUGUUCUCCUGAAUCCAGCGAUUUGCAAAUAAGGAAAAGAAGUGACUUCACAAAUAAAUGGCAGCCUGAGGCCACUGACCAGGAAGAGAAGAAACCGGAUAAAUUUAAAUAUGAUACCACUGAGACGAAAAUUCCACAAGGGAUUGAAAAUCAACAGAAGUGGAGAUUCAAUAUUUUAGUAGAAAAUACCAAACCUGGAUACCCUAGCCGUUACUAUUCUCUUUUGGAAGGAUUGAACAGACAAGUGCAAAUUCCUCGUGGCCCAUCUGUUGUAAAUAAAGUCAAAAGGAAUGAUAUUGAGGAAGGAAAGGGCUCCAGAAUUCAAAAAAAUUCUAAUGGUCUUCCAGAUCCAUUAAAUUGGCGCAAUUUCCUGAUGGAGGGCAUGAAAUUUAAACAUGAAAAAGCUGAAGAAGAAAAGAACCAGGAAAACCCGUCAACAGCCUCUGUUCCUAUUCGUCAUCGCCAUAGAAAAUCCGACUUAAGUCGAAAAAUUAUGAAGGAUAAUGGCCUGAAUACAUCUCAAAUUGGAACUGUCCCACCAUACUUUCAAGGCCGCACUUUAGUUCUUCCUCCUUCAAGAAAACUAUAAAUUAGACUUUAUUCUAUUUUUUUUGUUAAAUGUUUGAACAAAAUUAUAAGAACCUU